AUGAUUCAUGGGUACUUCAGGGAAAGAAGGAUAAAUUUGGCUCUUGAUAUUUUUAAGGAAUGUGAGUUAUGGUUUGACCCCAAAUCUGCAUUGCUAUACUGCAGUGAUGUCCGCACUUUGCAAGGCGAAGAGAUUGGUGGAGGUCAAGAAGUGUUGCUGAUUAAGAAUCUUCCAUUUGAUCAUAUGCCUUGGAUGAUGGGCAAGGUUUUGGAUGGUCUGUCCAGGAAUGGUUGCAAUGUCAAAUGUUUCGAGUGGGAAGUCAAGCUUCUUUUUGAUGAGAUGGCUGGAAACAAUAUAAUCCCAUUGAAAGUGGUUCUCCAUAUUUUGUUAGGAUCUGUGUGCUCACGGGUUAAGUUUAACAUUGCUCGUCUCUUAAUGGAGAAUGUGGUUGAUCAUGGAUCUGCUCCUUCAAUUUGUCAUUAUAAUUUCUUAAUAAGAUGUUUGUGCAAGGAGGAUAGAAUAGAGGAUGCUUACUCUCUUUCAUGUCUUAUGAGAAGGAGAGUGCGGCGCAGAGACAUAGAUUUAGCAUUGAGAACUUUUGAUGAGAUGAUACAGCGGGGUUUUAGGCCUCCUGUUGAUGUUUAUAAGUCGAUCAUAAGAUCUUUGUGCAAAGCAGGGAGGAUGGUCGAAGUGGAGCUUGCCUUUGACAGGAUGCUACAGGCAGGCAUCAUGCUAGAUAAAGGGAUCUACACCGCACUCAUCAACAGUUAUUCAAAGAUGGAAAAGAUUAUUGACGCUCGAUAUCUAAUGGAAGGCAAAUGUCUGCAUAUGAUGCUGGAGGAUGGCUCUGUGCCAGGCACAGUCCUUUACACAAUGCUCAUAAACCAGUUCCUUAAGAAAGGGGAUGUUCGCCUCAGACUAGAUCUAAUUGCAUUGAUGGUGAGGAACCAGGUUGAACCUGGUCUUAUCUCAUUUGGAGCUGUGAUCAGUGGCAACCGCUGCUCCCGUUCUGCUAGAGGGAGGGGAUGGUGUGGGAGAAGAGGGGGGAUCUUUGUGGUACCAUGGAUUAAUGGUGAAUCCGAGCCUCUUCUCUGUGAUUCUAUGAGGUUGCUCAAGCUCGCUCAUUCAGAGCCCUAA